UUAUCAUUUCCAAACAGGAGGAAGCAGCUCCAGGGCCCUCUCCCCUUCAGUUCGAUCUUUAACAGUAACAACCUACAGUCGAUGAAACAGACUUUUCUGGGGGGUUUUUUCAGCCUGUUUUAUGAUCUUCUGUACUUUGUGGAUUCUCUACUCCCAGAAGUCUUGAGGAUUUGAGUUAAAAAGCAAAAUGAGUUCAGCAAACUCACAGCAUGCUGAAACUCAGAGGGAAACUGGAAACGAGACAAACACUGCCCAGAGGGGAGGUGUCAUCAACAAAGCUCAGCUUACUGAUGUUAAUGUGGGAGGGAAUCUAACACACAAUAUCAACAACAUAUAUGUCCAAUCUGCUGCCUGGACAGAUGGAGCUGAUGUUUCUCCUCAAAAUGAAGAAAACAUAAUCCAAAGGUGUCAAGAUGACCUAAAAUCUUACCUUCAAACUAAAACACAGAAUCUGUGUCAAGCAACAAGGGAGGAAAGAUCAUCGACUCCAUUAACGGACACCUAUACAGAGCUUUACAUCACAGAAGGAGGCAGUGGGGAGGUUAAUACUGAACAUGAGGUGGUUGAAUUAGAAUGUAAAAGGUCUACAAGUCAGGAAAAGAAAAUCAACCUCAAUAAGAUUUUUGAAACUUUACCAAAGGAAAAGAUCCGUCCUCAGAGAGUCCUGACAAAGGGAAUCGCUGGUAUUGGAAAAACUGUUGCUGUGCAGAAAUUCACUCAUGACUGGGCAAAAGGACCAGCCAACCAGAACAUCCACUUCAUAUUUCCAUUCACAUUCAGAGACUUGAAUCGAAUAAAAGACAAGAAAUUGAGUCUGGUGGACUUAAUAAGUCACUAUUUUAAAGAAGUGAAGGAUUUGAAAACAUCAGUCUACGAUAAUUCUAGUAUUUUGCUCAUCUUCGACGGCCUGGAUGAAAGCAAAUUUCCUCUGGACUUUGAUAAUAAUCAUAUGUGUCGCAGUGUUACGGAGGCUGCAACAGUAGACACUCUACUGACCAACUUAAUCAAAGGGGAUCUGCUUCACAAAGCCCUGGUCUGGAUCACAAGUAGACCUGCUGCAGCAAGUAAGAUUCCUCCAGAGUUUAUCAACAGAGUGACCGAGGUACGAGGCUUUAAUGAUGAGCAGAAGGAGGAGUACUUUCAAAAGAAGAUUAAUGACGAGGUUGUGGCUCAGAAGAUCCUCAAACAUCUUCAGUCAAAGCUGGUGAGAAGUCUGUACAUCAUGUGCCACAUCCCAUUGUUCUGCUGGAUUUCAGCCACAGUUCUCCAGAGUCUCCUCACAGAUACUCCUGAAACUGAGUUGCCAAAGACUGUGACUGAAAUGUACACACACUUCCUGAUCAUCCAGACAAAGAGGAAACAACAGAAGGAUUAUGAGAAAGGUGAACCAGACAAAGAUCUGAUCAUGAAGUUGGGAAAGCUGGCAUUUGAACAGCUACAGAAGCACAACAUGAUCUUCGAUGAAAAUGACCUGGAAGAUUAUGAAAUUGAUCUGAAACAAGCUGCAGUUCAUUCAGGAGUUUGUACACAGAUCAUAAGAGAAGAAUGUGGUCUUCACAGACAGGAGUGUUACUCUUUCAUACAUUUAAGUGUUCAAGAGUUUCUUGCAGCUCUGUAUGUAUUAGAGACCUUCAUAGAUGGUGGAAAAAAUCUGCUUCCUAGUCCGACAAGAGAGAAAGUGGCAUCAGAGAAAGGAAAGAUCAUCCUCCUUCACAAGAGUGCAGUGGAUAUGGCUUUGAACAGCGAUUAUGGACAAUGGGACUUGUUUCUGCGCUUCCUGCUCGGUCUGUCACAGGAUAAAAAUCUGAGGUUUCUUUCCCAAAAAGACUUGGGAUUUAAAAGAACACGUCUGCAGGGCAACCAAGAGACAAUUGAGUAUAUUCAUGAGAAGAUAAAGAAAUUGUCCAACUAUGACAAGACAAUCAAUCUGUUCCAAUGUUUAAAUGAGUUGGGUGACCAGACUCUGGUAGAGCAAGUCCAAACAUACCAGAGCUCAGGAGAUGUCAGUAAAAUCUCACCUUCACAUUGGUCAGCUCUGGCUUUUGUGCUGCUUGUUUCUGGUGAAAACCUGGAUGUCUUUGACCUGAAGAAGUAUGACAUGUCAGAUGAAGUUCUGGAGAGGCUGGUACCAGUGCUCAAAGCAGCAAAGAAAGCUUGGUUGAGUGAUUGUAACCUCACUGACAGAUGCUGCGGGUGCAUUUCAUCAGUUCUCAGCUUGAAGUCUUCUGGUCUGGAGGAGUUAGACCUGAGCAGAAAUAAACUGCAGGACUCUGGAGUGGAGCUGCUCUCUGAAGGCCUGAAAAGUCCAAACUGCAAACUCCAGAGACUCAGGCUAAUUGGCUGUAACUUGUCAGAGAGAAGCUGUGAAGCUUUGUCCUCAGUUCUCAGCUCCCAGUCCUCGACUCUGAAAGAGCUGGACCUGCGAAACAACAACCUGCAGGAUUCAGGCGUGAAGCUGCUCUCUGCUGCACGGAAGAGUCCACACUGUACACUGGAAACUCUCAGGGUUGACCAGUGUUACCAGUGAUGCAGGGAGAUGCCCUCUGACAUUAACAGGAAGUGCUGUGCCCAAGCUCCAACAUCUGCAUUUCUACAUUGGAGGGGGCUCUUCAGAAACUAAAGUCAGUGCAAUCCAUUACUGUUAUCCAGUAAUGAGGAAAGUUUGGUAGGUAGCUUUUCAACAAUCGCACACAGUGACAGCCCUUCCUAUUUAGUUGCUUUGUGUUUAGCUUUUCCUGGUUCUGCAGAUUCAGACACAUUAAAAAUCAUAUAUUAGUAAUCAUUUUAUUAAAACAUUACAUUUGAUAAGUGAUUUUAAAUUAGUUUUAUUUACACCUAUGUAUAAUAUAAUGUUUACUUAAGAACUCAGGCGCUGAAUGUUUUUGUAUUGUUUUUAUUUACAGUUUUAGUACCACUUUGGUAGCUAGCAUUUCAACAUUUAUGAGCAGAAUUGUUGUUUGUCUGUUUGUUUGUGCACAUUGUUUAACUUUUUCAUCUUUUGUUUUUAAAUAAUAUGCUGGUACAACUUUCUAGUUGUUAAUGAUGACGGGUGAUAAUAACUGACGAGUCUUAAACACCCUGCUUCAUCGCUGAACAUUCACACCUGUCUUGGGAGACUGUCCAGUACUACUCCAGUCUACUGGUAACACAGAAAGUGGAAAUGAGACAGAGUGCAGUGUGUCAGAUAGACAGAGCUGAGGUGUGAGGUGUGAGGGGACGCAAGUUUCAUAGUUGUUCCACUCAAGAAAUCUGUAAUUAUUUUUUUACUGGUAAUUAUAUUUUUGAUACUUUUCUACACAUCUAAAUCAUUGUUUGUUCAGUAGGAGAAUUUUAUACAUUUUUAAUCUACAGUAAAUACACAGGGCAAUUCUUAUUUGUAUAUGUUUACUGUAAUGUUGAGAGAGUAUUGGUAUCUUAGUGCCAUAAGGUUAAUGUAUCUGUGGAGCUUCUCCAUCAUCCAGGUCCACUCUAUCUUUUGUUUGUUUGGGAGCAUUUCUUUGUGGUAAAGUUUCUCUGUCCGUGUGGUGUUUCUAUGUCUCCAUUCCUGAAAGUCUGUAUAUGUGCAGAGCUUUAUCUUUCUGAUUGGUAUUAACCCUAACACCAAGCUGUCUCUAGAUGACAGCAAGCAAUGUACAUUUUUAGAUCUUAGACUUUACAUCUAUGAAGUCCAACAGACAUAAACACCAUACUACACACCAGGAGCCUUCAUCCCAUGUGGCUUGGAGAGAAUGUUCCUUAUGACCAGUUUCAACGAGUGCACAGAAUUUGUGACCAGAAAAAAGAGUUGAGUGGAGUCUGCGCUUUUACUGGCUGAUGAUCCAGCAUCUCCUCCACUUAUGAAUAUUACUUGUAAAUAGAAUGUGUUUUUUAUUUUUUUAAAUUUUGAUAAGACACAGUGUUUGGUGUGAUUGUGCCAUUUUCUCUUUUAAUUAAAAUGUGAAGUUGUGUCUUUUGGAAUAUAAAUACUCCACAUGGCUUUGA